AUGGAAAGAAGUGGAUACUCAAGAUUUCUAUUGGGGAAAACUGUGGUCCUUAGUAAAGAUGGUGGACAUGAACCUUUGCUAUUUAAAGAUGUGGCCAUAGAAUUCUCUCUGGAGGAGUGGCAUUGCCUGGACACUGCACAGUGGAAUUUAUAUAGGGAUGUGAAGUUUCAGAACUACAGAAACUUGAUCUUCUUAGGUAUUAUUGUCUCUAAGCCAGACCUGAUCACCUGUCUGGAGGAAGGAAAAAAACCUUUAACUAUGAAGAGACAUGAGAUGAUUGCCAAACCCCCAGGUAGCUUUCUUCAAGUUCACAGUGAGAGCCAAAGUCCUCUUCAUGGCAUAUAA